UAAAAAUAUUUUGAUUUCUGGUUUUACUUUUGCUAUGUGUUGUCUUAUGUGUUGGUUGCCCUAAUUUUGUUUUAGAUUUAUUCUGUAUGAAUACAAUAUUGCUCAAAUUUAGAUCAUCUACUUCCUAGCGAUUGUCAUCUAGUUACUUAUCGCCUCAACUUCUACUUAAACGGAAUAUAAACUAUCACAAUUGAAGAACCGUUUAGAAAAAAAUUGGUUUUAUGAAAGCAUUUCUUUUUUCUAUGUAAAGUUUUAAAUUGGAUGUCGAAUGUGUGAUACAUUACUUAAGAACAAGUGUCUUUAAGUGCUAACGUAUGCCUUAUUGAGAUUUGUCACGAUGUCUUCUUCGUUCACCGAUUACUACGAUGGUAGCAAAAUAUUCACUUUUUUCUCCAAUAGGAUUGGUCUUCCAAUUGACCUAGUUAAUUUUUUGAUCGCACAAAUAGCUGCACUUUGCCUGGCCCGACUUUUUCGAAAACCAUUAAGAGUUGCUUCUCCAGAAUUUCGUCAUGUGGUAUGCCUUGUUAUAGGUUUGCUUAUGGGAUAUUUCUGCUUUGGAAAACAAGCAAUUCACUUAUCAGUGCUUCCAAUGAUAACAUAUGUUCUUCUGAAAAUAUUUCCACAACAUAUAAUAGGAAAUAUUGUUUUAGCUGUGUCUAUGGUUUAUCUUUCGUGCAUACAUUUACAUCGGCAAAUUUAUCAUACUGCGGAUUACACUCUUGAUAUAACAGGACCCUUGAUGGUAAUAACUCAAAGGGUGACGUCACUGGCGUAUUCACUGCAAGAUAAUUUAAUAAGGAAAGAAAUUAAUGCGAACUCUACAGGAAAUCUGAAUGAUAAGAAUAUAAUUGACAAGGUACCGUCGCCGUUGGAAUACUUUGCGUAUACAUUGGCGUUUCAGACACUUAUGUGCGGACCUGUUGUGUUUUAUCCCGAUUAUAUCAGCUUUAUUGAGUGUGUUCGAGAUGAUGCGAUGGCAAAGGAUAAAGUGGGUGAGAGCGAGCCUUCGCCAAGACGCGCAGUGAUAUACAAAGUAGCUGGAUCUGUGGCCGCUGCUCUGCUCUACUUGUCUCUGGCAAAGAAAUACCCAAUAAAAGCUUUAGAAGGUCUAGUAGACCCAACAUCAGAAGUUUCCCGUUCUUGGUCAGCCGUUUACCUACUCUGGUAUGCGUACCUAUCAACAUUAGUCGUAAGAUGCAAGUAUUACCACGCUUGGCUGCUUUCUGAAGCAAUUUGUAAUAACUCUGGCAUGGGUUUCAACGGUUAUGACAAUGAUGGUACGCCGAAAUGGGAUAAAAUGUCUAAUAUUGACGUUUUUGGAUUUGAGUUUGCCCAAAACAUGCGUGUGGCAAUAGCCAGUUGGAACAAAAAUACGAACGCGUGGUUACGUACAGUCGCUUACGAAAGAGGUGGCGCCGCCUGGCGAACGGCUCGCGUAUACUCGCUGUCCGCGGUAUGGCACGGCUUCCAUCCGGGUUAUUAUAUGACAUUUUUCGCAGGGGGACUCUUUACUGAAGCUGCUAAAAAGGUCCGAGCUUUUGCCAGACCGCUGUUCUUAAACAGCGCUAUUAGCAAGUUAUUCUAUGACUCGCUGACGUUUCUCACGACACGUGUAGCGAUGACAUAUGCCACUGUCCCUUUUGUACUGUUGCAUCUGUCGCCGAGUCUCGCAUUCUAUGGGCGUCUAUAUUAUUCGCUACACUUCUUAGCUCUGGGAGCUAUGUUGUUGCCAAAAUCGAGACAUGCCAUCGCUUCACAAACGGAAACGCGUAAGUCGAACAGUAAAAGUAUCGAAACCAAUGGUGAAGCUAACGGGAAAUUAAAAAUAUCCUAAAUACAAGAUUUAAGUUUUAAUAGGGUCACACGGAUCUUGAUCUUAUUUCGUUACAAAAGAAAUUUAAUCUGAUUACAAUAACCGUUGAAUUUUUUAUACCUAUGUAUAUGUUACAAAAUCUUUACAUAUUAUGUCAAUAGUAAUGUUGUCCAAAUGUAAACCGUGACUUAUGUUUGGGCAAAACAUUUUUUGUAUUUUUUAGCUUUUACAAAAUGACAUGAAAAGGACCAAAAUUUGUCAUUGUUUUAAGCAAGUUUAUUUUUCAGUGCAGAUUGCCAUCGACCUCAUAUUUAUAAUAAGCUGAAAAGUUUGUUAUUUUGGUUAAUAUAAUUCCAGAAACUACUGGUAGUAAUUUAAGUUUUUUUCUGAUUUUCCUUUUAAUAAAAUUUUUGGUAAAAGGUGUUGACAUAAAAUUUGCCAUAAAGAUAAGUUUAAAAAUAAUAUUUUUAUCGGUUUUACCAAUGGAAUAACUACUUUUCUUUAAUGAUGUCGCAUAUACAUUAUAUAACCUUAUAUUGCACAAAAAUCUACCUCCAACCAAUAGUAUUGAUAUAUAUAUAUAUAUAACAAGAUAUUAUUUUUAUUCAGUGUUAAAUGUUGUUAAUUUAACGAAUUGCGAAGGUCAGUUGGAAGAUUACUGUUAAUUAUUACGGAGGUUAUUCACGUUGGUAAUAAAAUAUUGUUUUUGCUGGGUUAAAUUAUUUUUAAUUUUUAUUUACAUAUUUGCCGUAUUUGUUAUAUUAAGUAUUCAUACUCACCAGAAUUAAAAAAUACUGUGGCAGGUACGAUUUACAUAUAGUUAUUGGUUACAUUAUUAUAAAAUUAUUUUAUGUGUAUAAGUGUUUUUAAAAUGCAACAUAUCAAUAUAUUUUGACUGAGAAGACUAAAUGACUUGUAAGCAUUAAAUAAUGUGUUUAGUGUCAAAUAUGUAUUUUAGAAAUACCGACAACAGUCUAUUAAGCAUAGAUUAGUGUUUCUACGCUCUGUAUAAGAUAAAUAUGAAUGGAUUAUUUGACCAAUAUUUGAAUUUAUAUUAAAUAAGCUGUCGACUUAAAAAUAACGUUUGUUGCCAUAGUAGAAAAAUUACAUAUAUUAUAUGUCGCUACUUAUUUAGUUCUUACAAAAACAUGUUUAUGUUUCAAUACUGGUUGAAGUUGCAGUAUGUAUUUAAUAGCAUUAUAAUUUAAACACUAAGUUAGGAAUGUAAUUUUAAUGAAAGUAUUUACAAAGUCCAUGAAUUAUACUUACUACAGUAUUAGUUAUUAUGAAUUAAUACAAUAUAUAAAAAAAUAUUAUUAAUAUGUCUACAAUAAUGAUAAUUUUAAUGUUUUUUGUCACCUAUACAUUGCUGGUAUAACAGAAUACUAAUAAUAAUUAUUCUCAAUUUUUGUAAUCCUGUACUGUGACAAAAUAAAGGAAUUACGUGUUACAAUAUGAUGAAAUAAAUCCACAAUUGCCAGUUAUUGUAAACACAAUAUUUUAAAAAUCACAAGAAGUUUAAAUGAUUGAAUGCAUUACAUUUAGAUAGAACAGUGAGUUUAUGAAUGGCACUUGAGUAAAACAUUGCCAUUUGCUAAUUGUCUUAUAAUUUGUAAAUAAUCCCAACUAGUUUUAUCUACUUGUAUACAUCAAAAUUAGUUCCAAUAACAGUUAACAUACUAAUUUGAUUAACCAGCGUUAAAACCUAUAAAAUAAAUAAAAAGUUUACGAUUGAAAGCCAGUCAUGUGCCAAUUGUACCUAUAAUGUUUAGGACAUCUCAUAAACAUCUAUAUAGAUCACCAUUAAUUAAAAAAAGAAAUAAGAGGAAGUAUUUACUAAUAGUUGUUACAUUUAUAAAGUUUCCAAUAAAUAUUUAUUUUAUU